UGUCAAAAGUCAACAUCAAAACAGAACAGAUGUUAUAAACAACCUCUUACAAUUGUUCAUUUGAUUUGUUAACUUGUGUUUGAAGGUUUUGUUGAGUUAAAAUGUUUUCAAUCGACGCUCCAAUUGAAAUUCAAAAAUCUGAAUUUUGCAAUUACCGGUCACCGCUUAGCACCCGAUAUGCUUCUAAAGAAAUGCAAUACAAUUUUAGUGAUCAAAAGAAAUUUUCUACUUGGCGAAAGUUAUGGAUCUAUCUGGCGAAAGCUGAAAAGGAACUGGGUCUAGAUAUAACUGAUGAGCAGAUCGCUGAAUUGGAGUCGGCUAUCCAUGAUAUCGACUUCGCAGCAGCGGCGGAGCACGAGAAGCGCGUGCGUCAUGACGUCAUGGCACACGUGCACACCCUGGCAGCCAGGUGCCCCCGGGCUGCACCCAUCAUACACCUCGGCGCCACCUCCUGCUAUGUGGGAGACAACACCGACCUAAUUGUGCUCAGACAUGGCUUGGAUCUGCUACUGCCAAGACUCGCUGCAGUCAUUAGCAGAUUGGGGGAAUUCGCUGAUGAGUACAAGUCGCUGCCAAUUCUCGGAUUCACUCACCUACAGCCAGCACAACUAACGACUGUUGGUAAGCGGGCUUCGCUAUGGUUGAGCGAUUUGCUAAUGGACGAACGCGCCUUGUCCCGCGCUAGAGACGACUUGCGUUUCAGAGGUGUUAAAGGUACAACGGGCACGCAGGCCUCCUUUAUGCAACUAUUUAACGGAGACUCGCAAAAAGUCCGAGCUCUAGACAAACGAGUCGCUGAACUCGCCGGUUUCGACAAACGUUACAUUGUGACGGGACAAACUUACUCGAGGAAAGUAGAUCUAGAGGUUAUAGCUGCUUUAUCCGGACUCGGAGCGACCGUCCACAAGAUGUGUUCGGAUAUACGCAUCCUCGCCUCAAGAAAGGAAUUGGAAGAACCGUUUGAAACAUCACAGAUCGGUUCCAGUGCGAUGCCUUAUAAGCGAAACCCGAUGAGAUCCGAGCGUUGCUGCGCCCUGGCUCGUCAUUUGAUCACUCUACACGCCAACGCCGCUAACACCCACGCUGUGCAAUGGCUGGAGCGUACUCUUGAUGACUCGGCCAACCGUCGUUUAACUCUGGCCGAGGCUUUCCUUACCGCUGACGCUACGUUACUGACUCUUCUUAACAUUUGCCAAGGACUGGUCGUGUACCCUAAAGUGCUCGCUCGGCACAUAGCACAAGAGCUUCCGUUUAUGGCAACGGAAAACAUUAUUAUGGCAAUGGUGCAAGCUGGCGGAGAUCGUCAGGUUUGCCAUGAAAAGAUAAGGGUAUUGUCACACGAAGCAGGCGCGCAAGUGAAACAGCACGGCAAAAAUAAUGAUUUGAUUGAUCGCGUGAAGAAUGACUCAUAUUUCGCACCAAUAAUCUCUCAACUUGACGCCAUUUUAGAUGCUUCAACAUUUAUUGGCAGAGCCCCGGAACAGGUUACCGAGUUCCUCGAGGAAGAAGUCAAACCUGUGGUGUCCAAAUAUAAAGAGGUUUUGUCAGAACUAGAAAAACCAGUAGCUUUAAACAUUUAAUGCUUUUUACAUUGAAUUCAUAAGUACAAACUCACAUUGUUAAUGAAUAAAAUGAUAUAUUUACA